AUGGCCUUUUCUUUUACCACCCUUUUCGCCUCCUCCUUCCUCUUUCUCGUGGCUGUUCCGCUCCCUUGCGUGCGCGCAACUUUCCCAGGUCCAUGGAAGAAAGCUCAGGCCACCUUCUACGAAGGAAGCUCCACAUCAUACGGUGUGGGAGCAUGUGGAUACGAUGAUGUCGCACGACAAGGGUACGUUGAUACAGCAGCGGUGAGCUCGGCGAUGUUCAACGAGGGACAGAAAUGCGGGGCGUGUUACGAAAUUCGAUGUGUGGAUUCUCCUCAAUGGUGCAAGCCAGGCCAACCCGUUGUUGAGGUCACUGCCACCAACCUUUGCCCGCCAGGCUCCGAUGGAGGAUGGUGCAAUCCUCCAAAAGAGCACUUUGAUUUAGCCAAAUCUUCCUUCACCAAGAUCGCCACCGACUUCAAGGCCGGCGUAGUCCCCGUCGAGUACCGCAGGGUACCGUGCAAGAAGACGGGAGGGAUUAAAUUGAAGAUAACAGGGAAUCCAUACUACAACGCGGUGUCGCUGUGGAAUGUGGGAGGAGCCGGUGAUGUGGUGGGCGUGCAGGUGAAGAGUGGGAACUCGGAAUGGAAAGAGAUGAAGAGAGAGUGGGGUCAGAAAUGGGUGCUUCAUGAUAAGUUAGUCGGAGGCGACUUGAGCUUCCGUGUCCAAACAAGCGAUGGCCAGGCCGUGACCUCCUCCUCUGUUUGUCCCAGGGACUGGGAGUUCGGCCAAACCUAUGAAGCCCAGAACUUUGUUUAG